AAUGCGAAUAAAUAAAUUUUCUCCAAAAUCGCCGAUUCCAACAAAGGAAACAGCAGAUCCUUCAUUAUUCUUAAAGUAUGGUAGAAGAGUACAAAAUUUAGGUUUAGUACGAUAUUUAUCACCUUAUUCAAGGUCUUAUCAUGUUGGUAGUAUUGUUUUAAGUGUAGCUACUGGAGUAUAUAUCGUAUUAUAUGCAGACUUUGGACAAGAUAGUCAUUGUUUUGUACCUAUACGAAAUUGGUAUCAUCACAAAAUUAGUGAAUUCUGGUCACUUAGUGAUAAAGAGAAACAAGAAUUAAGCGAACAAGGAAAAUUGUGAAGUAGUAAUCUUUUAUUAAGUGAAUAUUAAUAAAUUAGAAAAAUUAGUUUUUAUAUUAUUUAUAUUAUUGGUGGAUUAAUAAUGUCCAAUUUAUAUUUAAGUUAUUUAAGUUAAUAAAUUAUGCUGUUCUCCAACUAGAAAACCGACAAAACAUUUUUCCAACAUGAACUCAUAAUUUACCCAUGCGUGUGUUGUCACUAAGGAAAAGGAAAAGGAAAAAAAAAGAGAAUUAAAUAAGAUUAUUUUAGGGAUAUUAUUCAGUAUUAAAUCUAACUUACUAAAUAAUUUGGUCCCAUCUUUA